AUGAUGGCUGGUGCUACUGGACCUGAAGUCAUGGCAGGAACCCCUUUGGAUCACAAUCUCAAGACUAUCAACUCAGAGACUUCUGUUCAUCUCGAGGAUGUGUCCCCAAGCCCACCAAUCCACCUGUCAGAGGAUGGCGAUUACCCCAUUCAUUCAGUUCAGGAUCCCCGAAACUGGCCUCAAUGGAAGAAGAAUGCCCAAAUCCUCAUGGUGGCCUUCCAUUCAUGUGUGUCAACAUUCAUGGCGGCAGGAAUUAUCCCAGCCUACGACAUGUUUGCAGAGCAAUACGGGAUUACAGUGCCCGAUGCAAGCUACCUCACUUCGUUCCAAAUUCUGCUUCUUGGUCUUUCCCCCCUUCUUUGGAAUCCAGUGACAGCUGUCUACGGCCGCUACCACGUCAGCAUGCUUUCAGUCUUGGGCAGCAUGGUGUGCAAUAUUGGCGGCGCCAGAUGCACCACGUACGGAGGCCAAAUGGCUACUCGGGUCUUAACCGCGUUCUUGAUCUCUCCCCCUAUCGGAAACGGCAGUGGUGUCGUCACCGAUCUCUGUGAGCCUGAAAAACGCGCGCAGAAAUUGGGAUGGUGGACUUUGAUGACUACAAUUGGUACACCAUUGGGACCUUUCCUCAUGGGGUUCGUGACCAAACAUCUUGGUAUUCAAUGGAUCUUUUGGAUUUUCGCCAUCAUCAACUUCUGUCAGUUCCUUCUGUAUGUUGCAAUCGGCGAUGAGACAAUCUACGAUGCUGCAAAUGAACGCAAACCGGGAUUCUUUGGAAACACCAUUCUCCCUGGCAAUGACCCCCGCGUGUUGAUUGCCGCUUGCGCUCACGCAAUCACGUUCUGCUACGCAAAUAUCGCCAUGAUUGUGGAGAUGCCCAUUGCAUUUGGACAGAAAUUCCACUUCGAUGCGCAACAAAUUGGCCUGCAGUUCAUUGCAAUCAUUAUUGGAUGCGUCCUUGGUGAACAGGUCAGUGGGCCGGUGUGUGAUUGGUUUGUGAAGCGUGUUGGUAAAUCACGAGGGUACUCAUGCCCGGCCGAUCGUCUCUGGCUGUCCUACAUCGCCUUCAGCACCAUCUUCGCUGGCUUGUUGACCUGGGGUUUCCAACUGCAACAUGCUACGACAUGGAAUGUCACGCCGUGUGUCGGAGCUGCUAUCGCUAGCUUUGGCAACCAAAUGCAGACCACAAUCUUGACAACAUUCGCCGUUGAAAGCAAGAAGGAGCGCUCCGCUGAGGUUGGCGUCUUCGUCAACGUCUGCCGCCAGAUUUAUGGAUUUAUCGGACCUUUCUAUCUGCCUCAUAUGUUCACGGCACUAGGAUUUGGUGGCGCGGCGGGUGUCAUGGUUGCUCUUGUUGGCGGAUGUGCGAUGAUACCCAUCAUUGCUGUUCAAUUUGUGGCCACUAAAUCUGCAAAGCACUAG